AUGACUAACAAUCUUCCAUUUGUAAUUUUUUGUAAGAAAUGUAAAGAUAUAAUUUGUGAUUCUUUUAAUUUAAUAACUUUAAAUAAAGAAUACAUGAUAUUUGAUCAAUUAUCUGUUGUUUUAAGAGUAAAUAAUGAAAAUGCGAUAAAAACACCAUUAAAUAACAUUCAAGAAAUACUAAUUGAUUGUAAAUAUGAUAAUUUAUAUUGUUCAUGUAAUAACUAUAUAGGAAUAAAGAUGAUCUCAGCUAAUAAACAUUUUAAUGGAUACUCAGAUCAUUAUUUGAUAUUUAAUGAUUAUAUAAAAUCCUAUGGGUUGGGUAAAAAUCACAAUGUCGGUGUAAAAACACAUCAAGAAAUAGUUGAGGACAUCGAAAAGUUAAAGUUAGUUGUUAGUGAUUUAUUUAAGACGAUCAAAAAAUAA